AUGCCGUUCAUGGUCCCUGCCUUCUGUCCACUACAGACAGAAAGAGGUGUAUCUGUCAGCAAAGAGUAUGGUCCAAGGGGAGAAUGGGGCACAUUUCUGAGGCUGGAGUGUCAGCCAGAAAUCCUGCUCUCACCCAUGGCCCGGGCUGAGGAGAUAAAUGAUCAGUGGCUAACAUCACGUGUUGCUCUGCUAGAGGACCUAAAUUUAGUUCUCACAGGCACUGGGAGAGCUCAAGUGCUGGCAACAGGCAAGUCUGCUGGGACUGAGAUCGAUUUCAAGUACGUUGUUAUCGGUACGGCAUUAGGAGUAGCCCUAUCUGCCGGUUUCCUUGCCCUGAAGAUCUGCAUGAUCCGGAGACACUUGUCUGAUAAUGACUCUGCAGACCUAAAGAACACACCCCAGGGCGCCAUCUUGCUGAAGAAGAAAAGCCUCAGAGAUGCCCGGGCGAUUGAGCUGUGAGCGGCCAGCUACAUCAGAAGAAGCUUUAUGUAUUUUGAGUCUGAACAUCCAAGGUCAACGACUCGUCAGUACCUGGACCCAGUGUAGGAGCAGGCACUAAAUGGACCAUGAUUGGCAGCACCUGUGUCUCAAGGGAAGCUGUUACUCCUGUAAGAGUGUCUGCCCGGGGGAAAAACAUGAAUGAGCAGCAGGGGGAAAAGGAACCCCUAAAUCUGUAUUUCUCAACCUAGGUGCCGAUGUAGGAACUGUGCAAGCUUCUACAACAACACUGUUUCUAUGUCAAUAAAACCGCACCCCAACAUGGCUCAUGGACUAAGCCAAGACAGCUUCCUCCUCAGCACUGUGGGGCUAUAAGCACUCAGGCCCAGUUUUGUAGAACUCAUGGCCUUGCAGUCUUAACUGCCAGGAGAUUCCCUCGUUAAAGAAAAACCAUGUACGUAUCCAGAGGAGCACGGAGCUGAUGAGUCAGUGGGCGAGGCUUAUCAACGUAAGGCUGAUCUUCUACGGGAUCAGAGGACAGCCUAGGGUGAAGCGAGAAGAAGGAUGUUGACAGCCCUGGGAAGGAGGAGAUUCAGAGCAAGCUGGCACGGUGC